GCAAAGUGCUUGAUUCAGCAGACGGUAAUCCAUCAACGUCAAAAAUGACUGAGGAUACAAUUCAUGUGGUGAUGCUUCCGUGGUCAGCAUUUGGCCACUUAAUACCAUUUUUCAAACUUUCAAUCGCCUUAGCCAAAGCUGGUGUUCAUGUCUCCUACAUAUCAACUCCCAAAAACAUUCAAAGACUUCCAAAAAUUCCGUCAAGUCUGUCACAUUUGAUUGAUUUUGUAGAAAUUCCAUUGCCAUCAUUAAACGAAGAUCUCUUGCCCGAAGGUGCUGAAGCAACUAUGGACAUUCCAUUUGAUAAAAUUCAAUACUUAGAACAAGCAUAUGAUAAACUCAAAAAUCCAGUGAAACAAUUAGUAUCCAAUUGGUUACCUAAUUGGAUAAUAUGUGAUUACAAUCCUCAUUGGAUAGUAGAUAUUGCACAAGAGUUUCAUAUAAACCUAAUAUACUAUUCUGUUGUUUCGGCAGCAACAUUAGCAUUCCUUGGACCACCAAGUAAUAUGAAUGGUCGCUUCUCGCCAGACAGUUUAACAUUGCCACCGAAAUGGAUGACAUUUCCAUCAUCAGUUGCUUAUAACAGAACUGAGGCAGUGGCAUUUUCUAAGUAUGUCCAUCAAAACAAUGCUUCUGAGGUUAGUGGUAUUGAAAGGCUUGUCAAGGUAAUUGAUGCUGCUAAAUCUAUAAUAUGUUGCAGUUGCUAUGAGAUCGAAGGUGAAUAUCUGAACCUAUACAAGAAACUAGUAGGGAAGCCUGUGAUUCCUAUAGGUUUGUUGCCUGUAGAGAUGCCACAAAGAGGACUUCUUGAUGGAUUGGGCUCAGUAACAGGAUUAAGGACUGCUAUAUUUCAGUGGCUUGAUAAGCAAGCAACAAAAUCGGUUGUUUUUGUAGGGUUUGGGAGUGAAUGCAAAUUGAGCAAGGAACAAGUUUUUGAAAUAGCUUAUGGGCUAGAAGAUUCUAAGUUGUCAUUUUUAUGGGGAUUAAGAAAGCCUAAUUGGGCAUAUAAUGAUGAAGAUUUUCUACCUAUUGGUUUUAGUGAAAGGUCAUGUGAUAGAGGACUUGUUUGUAUGGGAUGGAUACCACAACAAGAGAUAUUAGCACAUUCAUCUAUUGGGGGGUCUUUGUUUCAUUCUGGGUGGGGUUCAACAAUUGAAGCAUUGCAAUUUGAAAACAAACUUGUUGUGUUACCUUUCAAUGUCGAUCAGCCUCUUAAUGCAAGGCUUCUGGUGGAUAAGGGUUUGGCUAUUGAAGUUAAAAGAAAUGAAGAUGGAACAUUCACUAGAUAUGAAAUUGCUAAAUCACUUAGACAAGCUAUGGUGUUGGAGGAAGGAAAAGAACUCAGAACUAAGACAAGAGAAGCUGUGGGAAUUGUAGGAAAUUUGAAGCUGCAUCAGGAUCAUUACAUAGCAGCAUUUGUCCAGUUUCUCAAGGAUGGAAUCAGGAAAGCGAUAUGAAGUUGAAGAGAUUAUGAACUUCUAUUUUUAUUUUUCAUUUUUUUUUGUCUUUCGCACCGGUUUCCGACCCACCAAUAAUGGACGACUAAUCCGAUUCAAGGCAUGCGCACUAGUUAAGCGUUGUUCCCACCGGUUGUGCCUUUAGCACAU